AUAAACCAACCUUUCUCUGUCAACAUCCACAGUUGAGUUGGUUUUUAACUCGCUCCGGCAUCCGCUCACUCCACAUUCAUUUCCUCUUCUGUUCUUUCCUUUCUUCUUCCUCAUUAAAAUCAAAUUUAAAUUUAAAUUUCUACUUCCUACGAUUCCAACAUACACCGGAGACAUAUUACGGAACUUGCAGCUUUUGGCUGGCGGGUGCUAGCCUAGCUUCGCCCUACCUAGUUUUGUGUUGUCUUUUGUUCUACGUCUCCAUUUGCUGUAGCAGGCACCGAGCCUGCUGAAAUGGCUCGAAGGAGUAAUUCCCGGCUUGGUUCGAGUGAAAAGCGGAUUCGUGGCUCAAGCAAAUCUCCCGGCCGCUCCUCGAAUCUAGCUCUGCCGCAACCCCCCAGCGACGGCAAACAUAAAGGAUACACAUCUGAUGGUGUGUCCGAUCAUGAUAUAUUUUUGUUGCCUGGCUCGGACUUCCGGCUAGUCGGUUUUCUCACAGCACUUGCAACCAUAGUUCGUUUAUUUCGAAUAUAUCAGCCGUCAAGCGUCGUCUUCGAUGAAGUCCACUUUGGUGGGUUUGCCUCGAAAUAUAUCAAAGGCCGCUUUUUCAUGGACGUUCACCCUCCCCUUGCGAAAUUGCUUCUGACACUAGCGGGAUGGAUCGCUGGCUUCGAUGGAAACUUUGACUUCAAGGACAUUGGAAAAGAUUAUCUUGGCCCAGGCGUUCCUUACGUCGCAAUGCGUCUCCUCCCAGCGAUUUGUGGCGUGCUUACAGUUCCUACAAUGUUCAUGACCUUGAAAGCGACGGGAUGCCGAACAAAUACAGCAGCCUUGGGUGCUGGGCUUCUGAUCUUUGAGAAUGCGCUUGUGACGCAAUCCCGGUUUAUUCUGCUCGAUUCUCCUCUCAUUAUUUUUACCGCUUUUACCGCUUUGGCCUGGACAAGUUUCACGAAUCAGCAUGAGCAAGGUCCUACAAAGGCCUUCCAACCCAGCUGGUGGUUCUGGCUUGUCGCGACUGGCUUCGGGCUUGGUGCGACCGCUAGUGUUAAAUGGGUUGGUCUGUUCACCAUCGCAUGGGUUGGAGGCUUGACACUCGUGCAACUUUGGGUUCUUCUUGGGGAUCCCCAAAACGUAACACCGCGUCUUUGGUUUAAACAUUUUUUCGCCCGUGCCUUUUGUCUCAUCAUCGUUCCUGUGACCUUCUACCUUGCCAUGUUUGCAAUCCAUUUCUUGUGCCUAGUGAACCCUGGUGAAGGCGAUGGUUUCAUGUCAUCGGAAUUUCAAGCAACUCUUAAUUCAAAAGCUAUGCAAGACGUCCCGGCCGAUGUCGUUCUUGGGAGUCGCGUUUCUAUCCGCCAUCACAACACACAGGGUGGAUAUCUGCAUUCUCAUGGCCACAUGUAUCCGACCGGUAGCAAGCAACAGCAGAUUACGCUUUACCCUCACAAGGAUGACAAUAAUCUAUGGCUUCUUGAGAACCAAACACAACCUGAAGGGACUGAUGGCCCUAUUCCAGGGCCGCGGGCUUGGGACAAUUUCGAACCGACUUUUAUCCAGGAUGGUAGCGUUAUCAAGCUUUACCACCUAAUUACUGAUCGUCGCCUUCACUCUCAUGAUUUACGGCCUCCCGUUACAGAAGCAGAUUGGCAGAAUGAAGUCUCCGCGUACGGUUAUGAAGGAUUCGAAGGGGACGCUAACGACCUUUUCCGUGUGGAGAUUGUCAAGUCUAUGUCUGAAGGCGCUGAAGCGAAAGCUAGGCUGCGGACAAUUCAGACAAAAUUCAAGUUGGUUCACAUCAUGAGCGGAUGCGUUUUAUUUUCACACAAAGUUAAGCUGCCGGAUUGGGGUUAUGAACAACAGGAGGUUACAUGUGCCAAAGGAGGGACACUCCCGAAUAGUGUUUGGUAUAUCGAGCAGAAUGAGCACCCGCUUCUAGGAGAAGCAUCCGAGAAAGUCAAUUAUCGACAUCCAGGAUUUUUCGGGAAGUUCUGGGAGCUCCAAAAAGUGAUGUGGACUACAAACGCCGGUCUUGUUGAGUCGCAUGCCUGGGAUUCGCGGCCACCCUCAUGGCCUAUUCUUCGUCGUGGCAUUAACUUUUGGGGGAGGGAUCACCGCCAAAUCUAUCUGAUAGGCAAUCCCCUCAUUUGGUGGACAUCAAGUGCUGCGAUCGCCACCUAUGUUCUGUUCAAAGCUUUCGCUGUGCUACGCUGGCAGCGAGGAUACAAAGACUAUAGCAUCAGCACCUUCAAAAGGUUUGAUUACGAGAUUGGCACGACCGUACUGGGCUGGGCGCUCCACUAUUUCCCUUUCUACCUGAUGCAGCGUCAACUUUUCCUGCAUCACUAUCUACCUGCUCUCUAUUUUGCAAUUAUCGCGCUGUGUCAAAUUUACGAUUUCAUCACAGGCCGCUUUCAAAGUUUUGGUCUGGCGCAGAGGCCUGCGUUUGGACAGGCUGGCGCGAUUAUUUUCCUGGCUCUCAGCAUUGCUGUGUUUUCACUGUAUGCUCCCCUCGCCUAUGGCAACCCAUGGACGCAGAGCGCUUGCAGAAAGGUGAAGUUAUUUGAUACGUGGGAUUGGGACUGCAACACUUUUUAUACUGAUCUGGCUCACUAUGAGCCUUCUAUGCCCGUAGUUGCAGAAACGUCUCACGCCGGACUUCACGUAUCACAGCCGCAGGAAAAUGCCGGACCUGCAUAUGAACAGAGUGCGGAAAGCUAUAUCGAAGAAGACAGUGCUCAUGUGACCCCUCAGAAGGCCCCAGACCUUCCACUGCUACGCAAAGAACAGCGAUUAGAAUACCGUGAUCAGGACGGCAACAUCCUUAAUGAAGAGCAGAUCGCCGCGCUAGAAGGAAAGGUCAGUUUUUCAACACGCUAUGAGACUCGAACUCGGGUAUUAGAUGGUGCUGGAAACGUUGUUUUAGAGGGCUCUGCUGGAACCGAGGCACCCGCUCUUCCGCAUCCUGAGGUGCAAGGCGAAAACCCUGAAACAGAAUCCAAAGCAGAGGAGUCAGCCCUUCGGCAGCCUGUGGCGGUUGCAGUGGACUCGGACCUCAUUAAAGAACAGGAAGUAAUCGAUGCAAACGUCCAGCACAGUCAACCUCAACCGGCAAGUGGGGAACAAGUAGCUACCUGAAGCAGCUGACGCGCCAAACAAGAUCAGCCAUUUCGUACGCUAGAUUAUCCUGGUCUAGCCAUCCGACCUCAGCAUAAUGUGAUAAAAUGUCUUUGUUUUGCCUUCAUUCUCCUUCCCUUCUCUUCUUCUUUUCUCGCUGCCUAUUCAUUAAUUUUUAUUCUCUUUCCAUCAAUGCCAGGAUGUAACAGUCUCCUUUUCAGUUAUGCUGUCACUAUUCCAAACCCACAAUCAUGUGCAAAGACAUAUGU